CCUGCGCCGCCGGUCACGCUACUUAUACUUCCCAAGUCGCGCACAAACUCUUCCCACACAUUCAUUAUAGCAAACCCCCUCAACAGCUGCUAACCCACAGUCUCCUCACACUCGACAACCGUGCAGAGCUACCCCGCCAUGGACCAAGCAGCCCGCGGCGCAGCGGCCCUCAGCGCAAGCAAGUACGAUGAAGCUAUCAAGCACUACACCGACGCCAUAGCUACGAAUCCGCAGGCCGUCGACUACUACAUCAAGCGCUCCACCGCCUACCAACGCUCCACGAAAUAUCCCGAAGCCCUCGCCGAUGCCGAAACCGCCGUCGCUCUCGCGCACAAACGCGCACGCCGCGAGCUUAUCAAGGAAGCACAAUUGCGUCGCGGCAUUGCCCUCUACUUCGUCGAACAAUAUGCGAACGCCGAAUACAUUCUCGCUAUCGUCAAGAAGCUGAAUGAGAAGGAGAAGACGUUGGCAAUUUGGAAUAUGAAGGUUGCCGCGAAGCUAAAGGGUAUACCCGAGGACGAUGAGCGGAGGAAGGUCACAGCGAAGGAAUGGCCUGAAGUUGAGGUACCGAGCGCCCCGUCGGCUCCGAAGCCAGCUAAGAGCGAGGAGAAGGGGAAGGCGAAGGUGGAGGCAGCUCCUGUCGCACCGAAACCGGUUGUGCCCACGCCCGCAAACAAAAUCAAGCAUGACUGGUACCAAAACAACGAAAAUGUGACACUCACGCUGCUAGCGAAGGGUGUGCCGAAAGACAAGGCGACUGUGGACAUCGACAAAGAUUCUCUCUCCAUAUCGUUUCCUAUUGAAGGCUCGAGCUCUGACUUCAACUACACACUCGAUCCCUUCUACGCUGAAGUUGAUCCCGCCCAAUCUAGCUUCCGAAUCACGCCUACUAAGGUCGAAGUCACGCUCAAGAAAGCCACUCCGGGUGUCAAGUGGCAUGCACUUGAGAGCGACCGCAAGACCGAAACUCCAACCGAGGAGAAGGCCACCAUCCCUUCUCAUGUCCUCACGGGCAAAACCAAUGAGGCAACACCGGCCUACCCAACAUCUUCGAAGAAAGGAGUGAAGAAUUGGGAUCAGAUCACAAAGGAGGAUCUUGCAGAAGAGGACGAUUUUGAGGGCGAUGAGACAACGCGCUUCUUCAAGCAGCUGUAUAAGGGUGCUGCACCAGAACAGCAACGCGCCAUGAUGAAGAGCUACCAAGAGAGCGGUGGCACGGUGUUGAGCACGGAUUGGAGUAGUGUCGGCAACAAAUACGUGAAACCUGAGCCUCCCGAGGGCAUGGAGGCGAAGAAGUAUUCCGGUUGACCACUUCUUUUCCUUGCAUUCAGGAACGACAGGUCCACGAUGGCACGAGCGGGGACUAUGAUUACCCGCAACCUUUUCCAAAACGCAUGGCGGCGGUGUUAUGGGGUCAUGGCGUUCGUUCGAUUUCAUGAUGGCAUGAGCCAAGCUAUCAUCUAAAAGGCAUUUGCCUCACAGAAGAGGGUUGAGCAAUGGUAUGCAGCUACCAUCACCCUUCAGAAUGGGAUUAUUUCCGCAUAUCUGUUCCUUAGCAUUUGUAAAGCUGUGUGACUAACGGCAUAUUGACCGCGAUCUUAGUACCGUCUCGGUUUCCUCGCUUUCUAAUAACCAAUCUAUCUUAUUCAGCA